CGCGGUAUAUCGUUCGCAAAGGCGACGCAAGCGUUUGCUUCACAUGUCGCCCAAGACGAGAAGGCAAACACGUCAAAGACUUGGCGGUGUGACGCGUCUCGUCACAGAGGAGAAGAACGGUCGAAAUACCCUCACUGCCGAAGAAUGUCCCAUCUGCUUGGGUCCUCUCUACCAACCCCGACGGCGUUCAACAGACACCGAGCCCGGAAGCCAAGGCCACGAGUCCGAAACAAGCCACUACACGCAGUUAUCCAACGACGACCGUUUCGAAGAUGACAUCGUGGCUUUGCGGAUCUGCGAUCACCACUUUCACAGCGCUUGCCUGAUUACGUGGUAUCUCUCGAAACGCUACGAUUGCCCUUUGUGUCGUAGGCUGUAUACAGUUUUGCCGUAUUCGAGCCGCGUCCAGACUUAUCGGACUUGUAUUGGUGACUACCUUAACCGUAGAAGCUCGCCGGCGAGAGAUCCUAGGGAGUUAAUGUUCUAGAGCUUUUGGAACUUAGGGUCUGGCAUGCGUUCUCUUUUUCGUAAUGUUUAAACUUGUUAAGUCUAUUGAACGGUUUUCAGCAGUGUCAUACUGAAAAAUUCAAGUAGAAGAUACAACCUCUUCGUACUGUAUUGCAG